AUGGCGGACGAAACAACCUUUCAGCCGUUGCAGAAUUGGUCCGAACUUCCGAUCGACGUUUUAGAACUGAUUUUAUCAAAAUUGUCAGUGAGGUACAUACUACGUUUACAAGCAGUUUCUCGUUCCUUCUAUAAUGCUGUCAAAUAUGUGUUACAGUCGUCAUCGUCGUCAUUCACUUGCUUAGCUGAACCUCCCUGGAUCUACCCUGGUGUCGAUCGUCAUCGUGGGUUUCGUUUUCAAAGUCUUGAUCAGGACCGCAAGAUCGACCACUUGAAUCAGAAUAAGAUGGCCCGGAAGUUUCGUGAUCACAUUUGCGUUGGAUCGUCCCAAUCUUGGCUGCUUCUUUUGGGCAAAACCCUAGAUCUCACACUCUUGAAUCCUAUAUUCGCAGUUCAAUUUCCUCUGCCUCCCUGCUCUACUAUUCCAUGUUUCAGGCGGUUUGAUCAGAGGUCAAUUUUCUAUAAUGCUAAUGAAUUUAGCACAGUUAGUGUAUGGCUUUCGCAACUUUAUCCGGUUAGGGUUUCGAUCAUGUAUGGUGAAGGACCAUACCACAUUGCGUAUUGUACAACAGAUGCAGAUGGUGAGUGGACAAAUUUGUUGGAUAAAUAUACCUGGAAAGGACUAUACAUGAACAGUUGUCGCUAUCUUGACCAACUCUAUGCAUUACGGGAAGACAUGACGGUUGAAGUAUGGGAUUUCUCGACUUCCCUUCCGGUAAAGAGGAUGGAAAUCCGAGCUGAUCAUGCGCCUGUGGUUCCAAAAAGAAGAAACCGUGCUGUGGAAACAGUCUACAUAGCGAAAACAGUAGAAGAUCUGCUGAUCGUUACCAAAUGGGGAAACGUUUGUGUUUAUAAGCUGGAUUACAAUUCUGAUGGUAGCUACAGAUGGGUAGAGACCGAGUCCAUUGGCAAUAGUGAAUUGGUUUUGAAAGGAUACGAGUCACUUUUAACCUCAAAAGCUGAUGAUGCUACAGAAGGCAGUAGUAACUCAGUUUACUUCACCUCUGGAGGAAGCCGUAGAUUAUUUGCGUAUAGUCUUAGAGAGAAAAGAGCAGAACCGGUAAAAGAUUUGGCAGUUAGCCUCCCUCUAUUUGCUAAACUCUUUGAUCCUAAUCCUUCAUUCUUUUAUUAG